CUGCGAACGGAAGCCACCGACGUGGCACCGCCAGGUACAGAAGGGCGCCGACAGCCGUGCGGAAGUUACCCGCGUCCCCUGAGCCCACUGCCAGCGGUGCUCACAGUCUGCAACCAUGCCCUCCUACACGGUCACCGUGGCCACUGGUAGCCAAUGGUUCGCCGGUACCGACGACUACAUAUACCUCAGCCUCGUGGGCUCCACAGGCUGCAGCGAGAAGCACCUGCUGGACAAGGCUUUCUACAACGACUUUGAGCGGGGCGCGGUUGAUUCUUAUGAUGUGACUGUGGAUGAAGAAUUGGGGGAUAUCCAACUUAUCAGGAUUGAGAAGCGCAAGUACUGGAUCCAUGAUGACUGGUACCUAAAGUACAUCACACUGAAGACACCCCACGGGGAUUACAUUGAGUUCCCCUGCUACCGCUGGAUCACUGGAGCCCCAGGAUUCCUGCAGAGGCAAUGUGCUGAGGGGCACAGUGGAAGAAAACAUGAACACUGGACAUUGUUACCCUUUUUUCUACGACUCUUUUAUACUUAUUCUUCUUUCACAGCAAAGUUGGCCCGAGAUGACCAAAUUCACAUUCUCAAGCAGCACAGACGUAAAGAAUUGGAAACGCGGCAAAAACAGUACCGAUGGAUGGAGUGGAACCCUGGCUUCCCCUUGAGCAUCGACGCCAGAUGCCAUAAGGAUCUGCCCCGGGAUAUCCAAUUUGAUAGUGAGAAAGGAGUGGACUUUGUCCUGAACUACUCCAAAGCAAUGGAGAAUUUGUUCAUCAACCGUUUCAUGCACAUGUUCCAGUCAUCCUGGAGUGACUUUGCUGACUUCGAGAAAAUCUUUGUCAAGAUCAGCAACACUAUUUCUGAGCGGGUCAUGAAACACUGGCAAGAAGACCUCAUGUUUGGCUACCAGUUUCUAAAUGGAUGCAACCCUGUGCUCAUCAGGCGCUGCUCGGAGCUGCCUGAGAAGCUCCCAGUGACCACAGAGAUGGUGGAGUGCAGCUUAGAGCGGCAGCUCAGCUUGGAGCAGGAGGUGCAGCAAGGGAACAUUUUCAUUGUGGACUAUGAGCUGCUGGAUGGAAUUGAUGCCAACAAAACCGACCCCUGCACACACCAGUUCCUGGCUGCGCCCAUCUGCCUGCUGUAUAAGAACCUGGCCAACAAGAUUGUCCCCAUUGCCAUCCAGCUCAAUCAAACCCCAGGAGAGGAGAAUCCGAUUUUUCUCCCUUCGGAUGCCAAAUAUGACUGGCUUUUAGCCAAAAUCUGGGUGCGUUCCAGUGACUUCCACGUCCACCAGACCAUCACCCACCUUCUGCGCACACACCUGAUAUCUGAGGUUUUUGGUAUCGCCAUGUAUCGCCAGCUGCCUGCUGUGCACCCCAUUUUCAAGCUGUUGGUGGCACAUGUGAGGUUCACCAUCGCCAUCAACACCAAGGCCCGAGAACAGCUCAUCUGCGAGUAUGGCCUUUUUGACAAGGCCAAUGCCACCGGAGGUGGUGGGCACGUGCAGAUGGUACAGAAGGCCAUGAAGGACCUGACCUAUGCUUCCCUGUGCUUUCCUGCGGCCAUCAAAGCCCGGGGCAUGGAGAGCACUGAAGACAUCCCCUACUACUUCUACCGAGAUGAUGGGCUGCUGGUGUGGGAUGCCAUUCAGACGUUCACAUCCGAAGUGGUGAGCAUCUACUACGAGAGUGACCAGGUUGUAGAAGAGGACCAGGAGCUUCAGGACUUUGUGAAGGAUGUUUACAUGUAUGGCAUGCGGGGCAAGAAGGCUUCAGGCUUCCCCAAGUCAAUCAAGACCCGGGAGAAGCUGUCCGAGUACCUGACUGUGGUGAUCUUUACGGCCUCAGCCCAGCAUGCAGCGGUGAACUUUGGCCAGUACGACUGGUGUUCCUGGAUCCCCAAUGCUCCCCCAACCAUGCGUGCCCCACCGCCCACGGCCAAGGGAGUGGUGAAUAUAGAACAGAUUGUGGAUACUCUGCCGGACCGUGGCCGCUCCUGCUGGCAUCUGGGUGCAGUGUGGGCGCUGAGCCAGUUUCAGGAGAAUGAGCUGUUCCUAGGCAUGUACCCAGAAGAGCACUUCAUUGAGAAGCCUGUGAAGGAGGCCAUGGCCCGAUUCCGCAAGAACCUGGAGGCCAUUGUCAGCGUCAUUGCUGAGCGCAACAAGAACAAAAAGCUGCCCUAUUACUACUUGUCCCCAGACCGGAUACCAAACAGUGUGGCCAUCUGAACCUUGCCUGUGGCAGUCUCACCAGCUGCUCUGGCCAGCCAGACUCCAGCUCAUGUGGCAGGCUCUGGCCUCCUGACAGCUCACCUCUCUUCCAUGGAGCCCAGCAAGUAUGUUCUGGUUUCCUGAUGGGCUGGCUACAAACCAGAGUCUCCUCCAGGAUGGAUCAGGUUGUACCAAAGCUUCAGUGCAUUUCCGUGUUUAUCCCUUCAUCUUUAGAGAAUCCCAUUUGUUAUUCCAGGGACCCUCCUGUAUAGAGGACUGCAGAGCCUCCUGCCCAUGCUCAGCUGAGUCCUUCCACGCUAAGAGUGACAGCAAAUCAGAAUAAUCUAUGCCUGUUCUGGUUGGAGAUGGGGAAUUUCUGUGCUACUUAGUUUAAUUUCUUGCACCUAACUACUAGGUGCCCAAAUAACUUCUUGUUGAAUGAAUUAAGAAUUGGUUGCCAUAAAAAUAAAGUUAUUAUUUUAAACAGA